AUGGUGAAUGGAGGUUUCCCUUUUCAAAUGUCGAUGCUCACUAAGAACAACUAUGAUAAUUGGAGUAUCAAGAUGAAGGCGCUACUAGGAUCUCAAGAUGUGUGGGAUGUCGUUGAGAAAGGCUUUAAGGAGCAAGAUGAAGCCUCACUAAGUCAAGGUGCAAAAGAUACAUUGAAGGAGUCAAGAAACAGAGACAAGAAAGCUCUCUUCCUCAUUUAUCAAUUGGUGGAUGAAGAUACUUUUGAAAAGAUAUCCAACGCAACGACGGCCAAAGAAACAUGGGACAAGCUUCAAACUUGCAACAAAGGAGUUGAGCAGGUAAAAAAGAUUUGUCUUCAAACUCUUAGAGGUGACUUUGAACGUUUGUUUAUGGAGGAGUCUGAGUCAAUUUCUGAUUAUUUUUUUCGAGUAUUGGUCGUAGUCAAUCAACUUAAAAUAAAUGGUGAAGAUGUUGAUGAUGUGAAAGUCAUGGAGAAAAUACUUCGCACUUUAAAUCCAAGUUUUGACUUCAUUGUUACCAACAUUGAAGAAAACAAGGAUUUAAAAACCAUGAUCAUAGAGCCACUCAUGGGUUCCUUACAAGCAUAUGAAGAAAAACAAAAGAGAAAAACUAAACAAAAGGAGGCUAUAGAGCAACUACUACAACUCAACAUAAAGGAAGCAAACUAUGUAAACUACAAGAGCCAAAGAGGACGAGAUCAUGGACGAGGACAUGGAAGAGAAGGAAGAGAAGGUUACAACAACUACUCUAACAACUUCAACAAUUGUGAAAGAAGUUGGAAUCCACAAGCGACAAGAGGUCGUGGAAGAGAAAAUUCACGGUCGAGGUAA